UCUCGGCUUCUUGGCGGUAGCUGUCUCUUCGGCCUUUUACUUAAUUUCCAGGACUUGAAUUUACCGCCAUGUCCUCUGAAGAAGGGAAGCUCUUCGUGGGAGGGCUCAACUUCAACCCUGAUGAGCAGGCUCUGGAAGACCACUCCAGCAGCUUCGGACCUAUUUCUGAGGUGGUUGUUGUCAAGGACCGGGAGACUCAGCGAUCCCGGGGUUUUGGCUUCAUCACCUUCACCAAUCCAGAGCAUGCCUCAGAUGCCAUGAGAGCCAUGAAUGGAGAGUCUCUGGACGGUCAUCAGAUCCGUGUAGACCACGCGGGCAAGUCAGCCCGGGGAACAAGAGGGGGUGCCUUUGGGGCCUAUGGGCGUGGUCGCAGCUACUCUAGAGUAGGUGGUGGGGACCAGGACUAUGGAAGUGGCAGGUAUGACAGCCGACCUGGAGGAUAUGGAUAUGGAUAUGGAAGGUCCAGAGACUAUGGCGGCAGGUGGGUAGCCAAGGGGUUGGGGUACUCUGGUGGUGCUCUUCCCUCUCCCCAAGAUCUCAGCUCGGCUGCCUGAGUAUUCAUACAUUUCUUACUGUG